AUGUCAACCGAAGACAUCGAACCUCAAGCAGAUGUGUCUAAUAUGCCCUCCAUGAGGGAUAAAACGACAAGAGUCGCCAAUUCUUUUAUUUUCCACAAAGCAUCGCUCAAGCGCAACGGUCAUUCAAAGAAAGGGCGAGACGACAGGGAUAUCUCUGGAAGAUUGGACAACACCACAAUCCGAGCCGAAGAUGAAGAAAAUGAUGUUAUUCUCGAGGCAAUCAGGGACAAUGUUGCCGCUCAAAAAGAGCAGGGCAACCUAGAGGCCCCGGAGAAAUCGGAUUUGACGUUGAAGGAAACGGUCCGUGCCGAUGCGGGGGAAAAGGUUGUCAUUCACAAAUCGAGCAAUGAAAAAAUACCAGCUAUAGGCAGCCAAGAUAUACUGCCCGAGUUGGUUCCAAAAGUUGAAAGCAAUACAAAAAUGCUCGCUACAGAGGACUUGCAUGAAUUGAUACCCACAAGAUCAACCGGCGGCUCGAUUGGCAAACAUUACAAAGAAAAGAAAGCCUUCUUCGAGGCCCUUCCCAAAUUACUGAAUCGGCAGUGCGAGCUAGGGAACUUGAGCUCUUUCAGUAGCCAGACAUCCCGAGGAAGUGCAACAGUUGACGACAAUGUUACUGGUGCAUGGACCAUGACAGAUCAGGGAACGAAGGCAGUACUCAAUGUGUAUGCAGACGUCAGAGCAGCACUGGAAUACUUCAAGGUACCUGAGGAAACGAAAUCCAUCCUCGGCCUUUCAGUGAAAGUCAUGGUGCAACCGACUUUGAUAGCAACCGACCCGAGUGUCUUGACUCGGGUUGGCGGUCGUUGGCUGCCUCAUAUUAGAAAUGAAAUCCUCACCCCGCGUGAUGUAUUCUUACUCUGGAGCGGUGCAAAUAUCUCGCGGCUCCAGAAGGCUAUGUGGGCAAUGGGACUAGUCCGGAAAGCACAGCGGUCUGAUGGAUUUGCUGAUCUCCUUCUCCCUCGUUUACUUGGCCUUGCUCAGCUGUGCGGUAUCGAGCGCUUGAGCUUCUCAGAUCUUAUGGAGCUGGCAGCAUUUACGCCGUAUCUCGAAAAGUUUGCCCGAGCCUAUAUUGCAAAAGUGAUUGGGUCAAUCGACAAAAGUCAAAUCACAAAUCUUGCAUAUGGCAAUUAUUUCAACGGCCAAAUGUUGGGCAGCACACCCUAUAUCAAACACUCUUUUGUCGACACUGCGCCGAGUUUAAAUGACCGUAUGGUUGUGAUUGGGGUCAUUCACAAACAGAAGCUGAAACUUACCAACCCGGACCCGUGCAAGCAAGUGGAAUUUAAGAUCAAAUUGAUCUCUUUGACGGAGGGCGAACCGGUGUACAUGCUCUCUGGAUGGGCCACGGCAAUCGCGCAUCGACCUCCACAGUUCGAGUCCACAACAUCAUUGAGAUGUUUGUACCAAGAUAUCCACGGAAGUCCCCAUUAUGCGGAGUGGAGACCGGACAAAGUUGUUAUCAAGAUCAAACGCACCAGUGAUGGUCGUCUAGCGGCUAAACCAGCCAUGUUUGGACAAAUUCCCGCACCUGAGAUUCCCGGGCAGCGCGUUUUUGGCGUCCCAUGCAAUUGUACAACAAGGGAUCCAUCAAAAUAUCUCAAGCUAGCAGGCGAUACUACCAUGAACGGUGUGCAGCUACGGAGCGUUUGGACAGGCAGCACUGAUAUUUCAUACCAUGAUCUGCGAUUUAUAUGGACAGCCGGGGACUUGGUGAUGCAACGAUUCCGCGCGGAUGCAUUUACACAAAGCACUUAUAUCCAAAUUCCGGAGGAAUGUUUAUACUGUGCUAUCAACCGCGCGUUGGGAGCAGGAUGUGGGAUCUUGGUACUGGGUGGCUUUCCGAAAUCUAAGCCGUCAACACAACAACGGGGCACAUAUGCUUGA